GCUGUUUUUUGACGUAUAGUUGUCCUCUGUCGUGAGUUAUCCAUCAGUUUGCCCUCCGCCGCCGCCGCCUCCGCCGCCGCCGAUCCCCAUCCAUCCCGCGAGGCGCCGGCGAGCAGGGCGCCAUCGUUCGUCAUGCUGCUUCCGCCGCAUCCUGUUUUCACCGAUAGCAUCAUAUGUGACGCGUAACUGAAACAAGCAUCGAAAUACUAUUUUCGUUCAUUGGUAUGUUCUCAUUGUUAGGGUGAUUUUCAACUCUGAGAAAGAAAGCACAUCGGUGAGCCAGAACCUUCUUGACAAACCUGAAUCAGAGACAUGCGACGCCGGAUGGAUGAUCUAGUGUCAAACGCACAAGAGAACAAUGUCACCUAUGUGGAUAGUAGUUCUGAAGAAAGUGAAGAUCAACAGGUGAAAAUAUGUGACAUAUGUGGAGAUGUUGGUGAGGAGAAGAAGCUUGCUAUUUGCAGUAGGUGCAAUGAUGGUGCUGAACAUAUUUACUGCAUGAGGGUAAUGAUGCCAGAGGUUCCAGAGGGUGAUUGGUUUUGUGAAGAGUGCCGAACUGAGAUGCAGAUUGAAAAAGAAAAGAGCAUACUUGAGAAAUCUCAAGUGAAGGUUAGUACAAUUUCUGUAGGGAGUAAGGUGAAGGCUGCAAAUGUGAGUAGUAAAGACCUAAAUGUGAGUAAUAUAUCCAGUAAGAGUACAAAAGAAGAUGCAGAGGAAGGGAUUGUCCCUAGUGGCUGUACUUCUACAGGAAAGGAGGAAGACGGUAGAUCAUGCAUUGGUGGCAGUGAGGCUGCUAAUAAAAACGAAGAGCAGACAUCCAGUGGGAGAAAUGAUGAUUUUAAUUUGAAGAUACUAGAUGGAGAGAGGCAUAUGCAAAGCCACAAUAAUGAUGUUCCAUUUACAUCCGUGGCUCAUGACAUAUCUAAUAUGGCUGUAAAGAAUAAAAGUUCUAUAAAGAGUGAGGUUAAAAGUUCUGAAGAGGUUGAAGAUGUGAAAGUCUGCGACAUAUGUGGAGAUAUUGGUGCUGAGGAGAAGCUUGCUGUGUGCAGUAGAUGCAAUGACGGUGCUGAGCAUAUUUACUGCAUGCGAGUGAUGAUGCAAGAGGUUCCAAAGGCUAAGUGGCUAUGUGAAACAUGCCAUAGUGAAGUAGAGAGUGAAAAGAGAAAGAACAAAAUAGAAACAUCCGAAUUAAAGGUUGGUGGUUCCAAAGGACCAAUGAACAAACCAAGUUCUUCUGAGAAUGGUGUGGAUGCUGAAAAUGUGGGAAGUAAUAUGUCAAACAGAGGAAAUGAAAUGAACAGUGUCAACAAGAGGAAGGAUGGGGAUGCAGGGAUUACUUCACUGGUGAGACAAAAUCCAGUGUCACGUGAAAGCUCAUUCAAGCUGGAUGGAAAGAAAGGAAAGGACCCUGCUGGACAUGUUUCAACCUUGUUGACAUCUAAUUAUCCUAAGAAUCAAAUGGCACCUCUUCGCGGUCAACUCUCCAAAUCCACUUCUUUCAACAAUUCAAAGGUCCCUAAGGUGAAACAGCUACUGAAUGAAGUUCCUCAGAAGCCCAAAACUUUCAAGGACUCUUUGUCCACUCCUAUGAGAAAAGAGGGGCCAAUGGGAAUACUUGCUAAGUCAGCAUCAUUUAAAAAACCUAAAUGUUUUGAGCCAGUAAAUAAGGCAAAGCCUUCCACGGUGAUGAAUCCACUUGUGAGCGAAAAUGCAAGAAACGAUAUAUUGACUUCAAUAUUAGGGUCCCGCUCCCUUACUGGAUCAGUGACUGUCCCAGUUCAUUCGAAAGCACAGUCUUCAGCACAACAUCUCAAUAAAGGAAAUAGAAUGGCUGAUUCAAAUAUUUUAGGCACUUCUGGCGGUGAAGGUGCUAGAAGUUUUCUUGGACAUUGUGGUAUAAAGAAACCUCCUCACACAAAAGGACAUGCCAACAUAGGUAUGCUUGGUUCAGGUGCACAGAAAAAGACAAUUCAGGUUCCAGAUUCAUCACAUCUGGAUGAUCAAAUAAAGAGCCCAUCUAGCUUGGUACCUAGUAAUUCUAGCAGUGUGUCCAUUCCUGGCAGCGCAUCAUUGAGAGAUCACCAGACUGUACCUUCCAUGCGAGGAAGAUCUGUGGACAGCAUCUCUGCCAUGUCAAAGGAUAUGAAGGAAAAAAAAAUAACGUUUUCCAGUCAAAGCUUUUCACCUAGCUGUAAACAUAUAGCUUCAACUAUUCCAGAGUUGGAUUAUAUUUGGCGAGGUGGUUUUGAGCUGUCAAGGACUGUAAGAUCACCUGUGCUUUGUGAGGGUUUGCAAGCCCACUUAUCAUGCUUUGCAUCACCUAAAGUGCUGGAAGUAGCAAAGAAAUUCCCUUCUAACGUCCAGCUUGAGGAACUUCCUCGUCAGAAUUUAUGGCCUCCACAAUUUCAUGAUAAUGGCCCUACGAUUGACAGCAUUGCUCUUUUCUUCUUUGCGAGAGAUACUGAAAGCUAUGAGAUUCACUACAGGAAGUUGGUAGAAAAUAUGCUAAAGGAUGAUUUAGCACUCAGAGGAAAUAUUGAAACAGCUGAAUUGCUCAUAUUUGCUUCAAACACCCUACCAAAUAACUUCCAACGAUGGAACAUGUUCCAUUUUCUGUGGGGUGUAUUUAGAGUUAGAAGAAAAGAUGCCAACCUUCCACCUGAUCUACCCAUAUAUGAUAAUAAUCAGGGGUGCUCGAAUGGUGUAAAAUCUCUAUUUCAUCCUUUGGUUGGAAAUCCUUUAGACGGGCAGUCUCAUGAUUCAAUCACAGCAAUGUUUCCAACAAAUAACAGUAGUGCUAUUGAUGAUUUUCUCCCUGUCCCGACAAGAAAAGACCUUAAACUUGCUUAUUCAGAGCAGAAAGAGAAAAUGGGAUAUCCUUCUGUGGGUAAUGGUUGUGAUGUAAAUUUUGAUGUGAAUAUGAAGCUAAAUACUUGUUCUUUCUCCGUAAUCCAUGGAAAAGGUAAUGAGAGCACAAAUAACAAAAUGGACAAUGCUGAGCACCUGAUGGAUGGUGACAGUGUGAAUGCUACUGGAGUAAGCUCUAGCAAUGUGCAUACUAUUUCACAUGUUUCUGGUGGUGUACGUAAAAGAAGUGUUGACGUGGCAAAUUGGGAUGAUAAAGUAAAUGGAAGACCUCAGCAUAAGAAAAUUAAACUUGAUGAUGGAGGUUCUGUGUGUCCAAGUUAAGCUAGGACCAUAAAAAUGGAAUCUUAAGGUGCAUGGCCCUGACCUUUCCCCAGAUGGUGGCAGUGAAAGUAGCGCAAUGGCAGAGAUCUCAGUUUAUGCAAGAUGCUCAUUUGCACCAACAAUGAAGAGUAAAUGGUGCAGUGUCUGGAAACCAUGUAAUUAUGCUCCAGAUAUAGUUUCCUUAAGCUGUGCAUGGGCAAGAAGAAAAAUCUUGAGGGAUAUCUUGUCGUUUCACCAAAAUGUUUGGAACUGGUAGGAGGAUAAAUGGAUAAUGUAUACUAGCUGCCUUCUGAUACAACAGGUUUCCUCUGCUCAUGCUUUCAUGGCACAAAAGGAACUGAGUAAAAUGCAGCAAUGUUUGAGGAGUGUUGGAAAGAUGUCUAGGACUAAGCCAUCUUAGAUAACAGAAUUGAUGUGUUGUCCGAUAUAUCUUCACUCUUGUCCGGUUAAGGAAUCACCGAAGACAGCAUUCCUGGAAAGCACUGCCAAUGAUGUCAUGUUGAUGUACUAACAGUAGCUGAUAGCUGCUUGGAGAGCACAAUGUUUACUGGCAGCUGAAUAUGCUCGACGCAUCCCACCCCAUAUCUGGAUUGCAAAGUGCCUCUGAGUUCAGAUUUAAUUUGGUCUGGAGACGUUUAACUCCUUUAGAACUUUUAGAAUGAUAAGAAUUUUUUAGAACAUUAGUGUUCAUAGAUUUGAUGUAUUUUUAACAGUGCAUGGUUUUGAUGUCUCUGCUGCUGUUGUGCGCCAUACCCAGAUAUUCAUACCUGAGGGAUGCUAGUCGCAUCUUGUGUUGUCCUUCUGGAAUCUGACAUCACCUAGCGCGCUUCCAAGAUCUUUAGUGAAUGCCAUUUUGAGUGUCUUUUGGCUGUGCAUCUGUGAAAUUAUUGCCAGUUCAUGACAACUAAUAGCUUUGUAAAUUACCUUCUAUUUCAUGGUUAUUCAGUAAAAGUUAUUGAUGGGUUCUUUUAGUUA